AUGAUGAUGCGAGCAGCAAACAUAGCUUAUUUAUCUUUUUCGUUAAUUGUGUUUUGUUUAGUUCUACAUGUUAUUGUCUUUAGCGUACCGUCAUGGGUAUAUUAUAAUAAUGGAGAGUACAGUACUUACUUUGGACUCUGGAUUCUGUGUUCGGGCGUGGUAAGAAGCGAAACUUGUGCCUCCACCAUUGGCCACCCUUCUUUUUCUAAUCAAGGGUGGUUUCAGGCAGUGCAAGUGCUGGAAUGUCUUGGUUUAGUGGCGAUUGUAGCUGCUACCGCCUGCAGUUUUGUCUCGAUAUUUUUGUCAAAGGCUGAACGUAUUUUGAACUAUGCCACUUUCAUUUUGAUGAAUACAGCAGCUGUGUUCAUCUUGAUCGGCUCUAUAAUAUUUGGCGCCCGGGUGAAUUCGAUCCCCUCUACCGUGAUGCUAGCUAACUAUCUCUUCGUUCCAUACGGUUUCAACAUAGUGUGCGGAGCUCUGUGUUCUGUUGCAGGUGUGUGCAUGCUGGUUUACAAAUUAGGACAUAGCUCCUGA